AACUUUGAUAAGUAAAAUCAAGCCCAAACUAACAAAUCUCUCUCUUUCUCUCUCAUAUACAAUCGGUCUCCUCUCUCUCCUCGUACGUCUCUCUCUCUCUCUCAAUCUCACAGUCACAGAUACGCACACACAUCCCCCCACCGCUUCCUCCUCCGGCGAAGGGCGCCGCCCUCGACCACCGCCGCCAAAGGCAUCUCCUCCGUCUCGCCUCUCGCUCAUCUAGCAGCUUUUGAAUCUCGCAGCGCAGGCACAGACGCAGUGAAACUGAAAACCAAUUUCCCGCACCAAAUAUGUUGUUCUUCUCGUAUUUCAAGGAUUUGGUGGGGAGAGAAGUAACGGUGGAAUUGAAGAACGAUUUAGCGAUUAGAGGGACUCUACAUUCAGUGGAUCAAUAUCUCAACAUUAAGCUGGAGAAUACUAGGGUUGUUGAUCAAGACAAGUACCCCCAUAUGCUUUCAGUGCGAAACUGCUUUUUCCGGGGAUCUGUGGUCCGAUAUGUCCAAUUGCCACCCGAGGGAGUUGAUGUCGAGCUUCUGCAUGAUGCCACCAGAAGAGAAGCACGCGGUGGCUAACUCUCCGUGCCCCAUUCCUUGAUGUUAUGAGCUCGAAGCAGUGGAUUCUUCGUCACAAGACAAGAAUGGAAGACUUCUUAUUCCUGCAUUACUUGGGAAAUUUUCUGUGCGAAUUCGGGCAUAUGCUACUUGGUAGACAUUUAUUAAGUUGGAGUAAGCUAGGGCUAAAUGUUGAAUUUCGUCGCUUGAUUGUGAUUAAUCUUGCAAGUUUUUGUACUAUAACCGUGAAUAGUGGCUAUGUGUUUACAUCAUUGUCUCUUAUUGCAUGCCUUGCCUCUUUCACCA